GAAAUAUCAGAAAUAUGGUUCCAUCCUCCAUGUGGAAACAAUGGGAAGGCAAAGUAUUGUUCCAUUACUCUCCAGGAUUUUGGGUGUUGUGGAUCUUUAUCAUCCCCCUUGCCUUGCAAACAUGUACUGCGAAGCACCAUCAACAUUGCGCUCCUUCUUCCUAUGGCAAACUCCCCAACAUAAGCUACCCAUUUCGAUUAAAGCAAGACCCGGGCAAGUGUGGCGAGCGCGAAUAUGAGUUGGAUUGUGUCAACAACGUUGCCGUCUUACGUUUGAAUUAUGCGGAGUACACUGUAGAGGCGAUCAACUACAACAAUUACACCAUCAGACUGGUCGAUCCUGGCAUUCAAGAGGCUAAUUGCUCCUCCAUGCCUCGCUGUCUUUUGUUUAAUUCCAAUUUCAGUGGUUUCUCCUCAUCCCAAGGCGAGGAAUUUCAUUCAGACAAUGAACAAGUGGAUCCUUAUCAACCCGCCCAAGCGAGAAAUUACGACGGCUGGGCCUUGAUCUUCCGCGAUCUAUUGCAGCCUAUAAUUUACCUGAGGUGUGCGGAUCCUGUGAGGGACGAUGCUUCGUAUGUAGAUACCGCAUCAUGCCUUGACGAUUCCAAUACGUACGCUGUUGUUGGGAACAUAGACCUUGCAAGUUGGAGGCCUGGUUGUCGUGUGAAGGCAGUCUCUCCUACUUCCUCGACAUGGUCUUCCGUUGCGGACGGCGGUAGUGCUCAUCUUAAUGUUUCAUACAAGGAUAUUCAUAGGCAACUAUCCUUCGGAUUCGAGCUUUCCUGGAUGCAUUUUGUUUGUCGUUCUCAAUGUGGUUCCAAACCUUGCUACUUCAACUACACCGUCGGAGGCACCCAGUGCCACUUUGAGCACUCACUGCUAUUACAUCAAUGGAGGGGCCCACUCCUGAGGAAUUUUCACAAGGAUUGCCAUUUACACGAAAAUUCCUCUUUUUCUAGAACUAUGAAUGAUAUAUCUAUUGACAGUUGUGAAAUUUUCUUGGCAGCUUCUCUUUCCGGCACUGUAACUGGAUUGGCGUGGUUAAUUACAUUUCGGCACAUACAUCUUGACAAUGCAAAUGCAUUUAAUAGAGCAAUUGCGGUUGGAUAUUAUGGCCUACCAUCAUUUUUAGCAGCUAGAUUUUUGUUUGGGGCUACGCUUCUGAUUGCCAUAUUGAUUCAUAAAUGGAGGAGGAGACAUCUUUCGGUUUAUGAAAAUAUUGAGAACUUCCUGCAAGAUAAAGAACUUGUGCCUAUAAGAUACUCCUACAAAGAAAUCAAGAAGAUGACAAAUAAUUUCAAGAUCAAAUUGGGUCAAGGGGGCUUCGGUUCUGUACACAAGGGGAAUCUGCGUAGUGGGCCUUACGUAGCCAUAAAAAUGUUGGGUGCGACCAAAACUAAUUGGCAAGAGUUUAUCAAUGAAGUAGCAACUAUUGGAAGAAUUCAUCACGUGAAUGUGGUUCGGCUCAUUGGGUAUUGUGUUGAUGGGUCAAAACGUGCUCUUGUUUAUGAAUUUAUGUCCAAUAGCUCUCUGGACAAACAUAGUUUCUUAAAGGCAGGAGGCAUCACUCUAAACUAUGAGAAAAUAUAUGAAAUAUCUCUUGCAGUAGCCAAUGGAAUAAUGUAUCUUCAUCAAGGUUGUGAUAUGCAAAUUUUACAUUUUGAUAUCAAACCUCAUAUUCUUCUUGAUGAAAACUUCACUCCUAAAGUUUCAGAUUUUGGACUUGCAAAGCUUUAUCCUGUGAAUGAUAGUAUGGUUACCUUAACUACUGCAAGAGGAACACUAGGUUACAUGGCUCCAGAAUUGUUUUAUGAGAAUAUUGGAAGAGUUUCUUAUAAAUCUGAUGUUUACAGUUUUGGCAUGCUUUUAAUGGAAAUGGCAAGUAAGAGGAAGAAUUCUAACCCCAAUGCAGAGCACUCAAGCCAAGCUUACUUCCCCUUUUGGAUUUAUGAUCAAUUUAGCGAGGAGAGAGAUAGAAUGGAAGAUGCCACAGAGGAGGAAAAGAAGCUGGCAAAGAAGAUGUUUAUAACUGCACUGUGGUGUAUCCAAUUGAAGACUCAGGAUCGGCCUUCAAUGAGCGAGGUGAUAAAGAUGCUGGAAGGGAAAUUAGAAAGUUUAGAGAUACCACCGAGGCCUUCCUUUUAUCCUGAUGAAAUUGCUGGCAAAGAUGUUGGAGUCAGCACUAGCACAACACUUACAAGUAGCUUUAGUUGUGACACCAGUGACCUUACACCACUGUGUAACUGAGCUGAUAUUGUACAAUAUAUCUACUGUGGAAGGAAAAGUUGUUUUCAUCUUUUUUGUUUU